AUGACUAGUCAUCUAUUACAGUUAUCUAAUUUAUUAUUAUUAUAUAUUUUAUCAGAGAGUGACAGUAAUGCAGAUAUAAUAUGUUUGUUGCUGACAUGUAAAAAGUUGUAUCAUAACAGCAGUUUAAAAAGAUCGAUUCAGUUUAAAGGAAUAGAAGCUUUUACAGACAAGGGAAAGAUAUCAAGACAAUUUAAAGCAACAGCUACUCUAUUCAACAUCACCUCAUUUAAAGAUAUAUUGCAGAAUAGUAUAUCAGAUAGUCAAGUUAUAUUAUCAAGAGGUAACUUUCAAAACUACCCAGAAUGGAUACAACAACGUAUAUCUGCAGACAACAGAGUUGAUAAUAAUAAUAAGAGUAGUAUUACAACAGCAUUGGUGAAUGAUUAUUACCAACCACCACUCGAGACACUAUACUCUGUACCGUCGAUCGAGGCAAUAUUCAUUCACCAAUACAGAGAUGAUCGAUUAGAUCUUAAUCAUAUCUCACGCUUACCCAAUCUACAACGACUAUCAGUUAGCACAAACAAGUCGAUCAGUAUUGGUAAACAUACAACACUCAAGUCACUGACACUUGAUGCUCAGGGCAGCUACACACUGUCAGUUGCUGACCUGGGUCUCACUAAACUAGAAUCGCUGACAGAGUUACACCUCAGUAGAGAAUGUGUCUUUACAAUUGGACCAGGUGUAUUUCCAAGUAGUCUGACAUCACUCACUCUUUCACCGAUAGAGAUACCGCCAAGAGACACAUUCAUUUCGUUGAGGUCACUUGUCUACCUCAAGGUUUUCCUGCAUCAACCCACAACAAAGAAAGAGAGUUCAAAGGACAACAACAACAACAGCAACAAGAAAAAGGUGGUGGUUGUGAUGGAACAACUAUUCAUUGAUCUAGAUACUCUAGUCAACCUCAAGACACUCGAUAUUGGUGGAUCGGUCAGUGACAAAAAGUACAACAUCACGACGAGUGUACCACCCUCCAUCAGGAUUCUUACUCUCUUCACUGACGGCUUACAAAUACCUACCCGAUGUACUAUGCCUCUGUUGGAGAAACUAAAUGUGCAAAGUUCUAUUCUAAUUGGUGGAAGAAUCAGUCUACUGUCAUCACCAUUGAUAAAGAAACUGUGUAUGACCUAUUGCAAUAAAGUCAUUCCAUCCAACAUCAUCCCAUCAACCCUCGAAAAACUGACAAUCUAUAAAUACGGAUCAAAACCUGUUCUUCAUCAAGUUGUAUUCCCACCAUCACUCCUUCAUCUAACUAUCAAUGGGGACUAUGAACCUGUCAAACUACCAGACUCACUAGUCAAACUAAAACAGUUGGUCAACAUUCCUCCAGCGUCACUCCCACAACAAUUAAAAACACUCACCUAUUCAAUGGAUUUUUCAACAGAGUUGACUCACUUUGUAUUCCCAUCCCCUUAUCCACCUCAUCUUGAAACACUCAACUUUGACCUCGAAAUUGAUGGUGAAUUUACAAUCGACAUACCACCAAUCACCAAAUACCUAUCUAUCACUUUGGAGUCAGAUCCUCUCAGACGCCCAAAUAAAUACUUUUCAAUCAGUUCAAGGUUAUCGAAAAGUAUCAUCACCCAACAACAACAAUGGUUACCAUCCAAUACAACUCAUCUAACUUGCAAGACUGCCAUUUAUAUCUCAACCAAUGGAUCGUUUAGAUUAGACGAAAUAAUCAAUCAUACCAAUGUUAGAUAUCUGUCUCUUUAUGUUUCCGAUAAUACAUCCUACGAAUCAGAUACACUAUUUCAAUUUUCAAUUCAAAGAUUGGACUCUGAAAAUAAUAAUGUAUUAGUAUUGGAAACACAAUCACUUCAAGGUGGAAUAAUCACUCAAAGAAAGAAAAUUAAUAACACUCAACAACAACAACGACAUCCUUAUCAACAAUAUGAACCCAUUUAUUUAAGGUUUGAUUUUGGUUCUUCCAAUCCAUUUGGAUUGAAUUGGAGAUUUGCCAAUGCUGAAGAUGAUGUUAAAGAAGAUGGAGAUGAAGGAGAUGAUAGUGAUAGCGAUGAUAGUGAUUAUGAUAUGAACGAUGACGAUGAAAAUGAUGAUGAUGAAAGCAAUGACAAUGACAAUGACGAUGACGACAGCGAUGACAACGACGAUGAAGGUGAUGAUACAGAUAUUAACAGUAAUGGAGAUAUAGUAUGUUUGUUGUUGACUUGUAAAAAGUUGUACAGCAAUAGUAGUAACAUUGGUGGUUUAAAAAGAUUGAUUAGGUUUAAAGGAAUAGAAGUGAUAGAUAACUAUGGACGCAUAACACAAGAGUUUAAAUCAGCAACUACCCAAUUCAAACUCAACUCUUUCAAAGAUAUAUUGGUGAAUAAAGAGACGCUCUACUCUGUACCAUCUAUCGAGACUCUAUUCAUCAUCUAUCCAUCCCAACUUGAUAAUACUAGUAAGAUGGAUCUUCGCUCCAUCUCGCGCUUGCCUAUUCUACAAAGACUUGAAAUUCGUACGGGUCAGUCUUUUCCUGGUCCACACCCAACACUAAAGUCUCUGACACUCGGCCUUUCCACCUCCUACCCAGUCAUCGACCUGCAACUCACCAAAUUCGUAUCGUUGACAAAGUUGACCUUUGAGAGUGCCUAUGCGAAAGAUAUUGGACCUGGUCUCUUUCCAAGUAGUCUUACAUCACUCACUCUGAGACUGGAAGAGAUACCUCCAAGAGAUACAUUCCUUUCUUUGACUUUGUUGGAGACUCUCAAAAUCGAUCUGCAAACUAUUUCAACGGAUAUGAUCGGGAAACCAUUCAUCGAUCUUGAUAGUCUGGUGAACCUCAAAACACUCAUUAUUAGUAGUGAUGGAUCAGUAAAGAAUAGUAGCAUCUCGAUUAGUAUCCCUCCUUCAAUCAAGAUUCUUGACCUCAAAUUUAUAUUGGUACAAAUCCCACCUGAUUGUACAAUGUCACAGUUGGAAAGGUUGGAUGUGAAACAAAGCGUGUUGAAUGGUGGAAACAUCAAUCUAUUGUCACAGUGUCCAUCUCUCAAGAAACUAGUUAUCUACGAUUGCAAAGAAUCCAUUCCAUCCAAUAUCAUCCCAUCAACACUUGAAAAGCUUACAAUCUAUAAAUCGACUAUAUCGGGAGAAGAUAUACUUGGGCAAGUUGUAUUCCCACCAUCUCUCACUUCUCUAACUAUCAAUGGAGACGACCAAGAGGUCCCUCAGCUCCCAGAUACAAUAGUCAGCCUCAAACAUUGGGUCCUAGAUGCUCCACUGUCACUUCCUCAAGAUUUGAAAAACCUGACCUAUAUUAUGGAUUGGAGAACCAGCAUGGAGCAUUUCGAGUUUCCAACACCGUAUCCACCUCAUCUUGAAUCACUCAAUCUUGACCUCCAAGAUAUUCAUUACUUUACUGUCCAAGUACCACCAACCAUCAAAUAUCUAUCAAUAACCUUGGAAUCUGGAUCUCGCAAACGUCCAAAUAGAUUAUUAGACAAGGACAAUCUAAAUGUAUUGGUAUUGGAAACAAACACACUUCAAGGUGGAAUAAUCACCCAACAACAACAAUCUCAUGAACAAUAUGUACCAAUUUAUUUACAUUUAAAUACAAACUCUUCCAAUCCAUUCGAAAUUAAAUGGAGUUUUGAACAAGAUUGUGAUUACAACGAAGAUAGUGACAAUGAAGAUAGUGAAGACUAUGACAACCAAGAUAGUGACAUUGACGAUGGAUCGGUUGAUUUCGAUGAUGAAUCGUUUUUCGCCAUCUUGGCUGGUGGUCGUGACUAA